CGCAUUCCAUAAAUCAACAAAAAAAUGAGGCUAAAGGUUCGGCGGCUGACACGGUUACAUAAUCGGCCCACAACAACUUAGACCUGUGUGAGGACACAGCUCGAUGCCUCCUGUUGUGCAGUAUUAUGGAGUUCUCUGGCACGCUGAUUUUAGCGGGACUAAUCAUCGCUUUGCUGUGGCUGUUGAGCCUGAAGAGCCGCAGUCAGCUGUGUUUACCUCCGGGACCCCCAGGCCUGCCUGUCGUAGGGAAUCUGCCUCAGCUGGACAAAAGAGCUCCGUUCAGAUCUCUGCGAAAGCUCAGUGAAACCUAUGGCCCUGUGAUGACUGUGUACCUGGGCCGUCAGCGCACUGUGGUUCUGGUGGGGUAUGAUGCUGUGAAGGAGGCACUGGUGGACCAGGCAGAUGACUUCAGUGGCAGAGUUCCUCUUCCUUUCCUGAUCAGAGUCACCAAGGGCUAUGGUUUGGGGAUCAGUAAUGGAGAUCGCUGGCGGCAGUUGCGACGCUUCACCCUCACAACCCUAAGAGACUUUGGAAUGGGACGGAAGGGGAUGGAAGAGUGGAUCCAGGAAGAGAGCAAGCAUCUGGUGGCCCGCAUAAACAGUACCAAAGCUACACCUUUUGAUCCAACCUACUUCUUGAGCUGCACUGUGUCCAAUGUGAUCUGCUGCUUGGUGUUUGGUCAGCGCUUCAGCUAUGAUGAUGAUCACUUCCUCCACCUUCUGCAGACAAUCUCAGAAGUCCUGAAAUUUAUCAGCAGUCCCUGGGGUCAGAUGUAUAAUAUCUUCCCUCGGCUGAUGGAAUGGGUGCCGGGUCGACAUCACAAUAUGUUUGCCAAAAUUGAAGAGGUGAGAGAGUUUACCAUGAAAAAGAUCCAGGAACAUGAGGACACGCUGGACCCCAGCUCACCCAGAGAUUACAUCGACUGCUUCCUCAUGAGACUCGGUCAGGAAAAGCACAUUCCCACAACCGAGUUCCACUAUGACAAUUUAGUGUCUACAGUGUUGAAUCUGUACCUGGCAGGAACAGAAACCACCAGCUCCACCAUCAGAUUUGCAAUAACUGUGCUGAUCAAAUACCCCAAAAUACAGGAGAACAUGCAGCAGGAGAUUGAUGCUGUGAUUGGACAGGAGCGUUGUCCUUUUAUGGAGGACAGGAAGUCCCUCCCCUUUACAGAUGCAGUACUCCAUGAAGUUCAGCGUCUAAUGGAUAUUGUCCCCUUUAGCGUCCCUCACUACUCCCUCCAGGACAUCUCUUUCAGGGGUUACACAAUCCCUAAGGAUACAGUGAUUAUUCCCUUGUUGCACUCUGUGCUGAAAGAGGAAAAACAGUGGGAAACCCCAUGGUCCUUCAACCCCCAGCACUUCCUGGACCAAAAUGGCAAUUUUAAGAAAAAUCCUGCAUUCCUGCCAUUUUCUGCAGGAAAGAGAUCUUGUGUCGGGGAGUCCCUCGCUCGCAUGGAGAUCUUCCUCUUCUUGGUGUCACUUUUGCAGCGUUUCACCUUCUCUUGCCUUGGAGGACCUGACGGUGUAGACCUCAGCCCUGAGUGCAGUGGCUUUGCCAAUGUGCCUCGCAGGUACGACAUCAUCGCCACGCCUCGGUGACGGCACGGUCCGCUGUUUUCAGCCUUUCAUCUGACCCUCAACCUCUGAAAAGUGGAUUAUUUGAUAUCAAAGGACUUAAUUCCAAACAAUUUCAAACACAAAUAUUUCUUUCUCCUGUGCUUGUAACUUUGACAUAUGCCAUGACUUCACCAAAAUAGUCUUGUCUGACCACCUUCUCUUCGCGUUUACACAUAUUCUAUGUGCCAGUGCCUUAUUUUACAGUGUAACAGUCACAUUUGCCAAAUGUUAAAAAGCUUUUCCAAAGUUUUUUGAAAGGUUGUCUCACUUAAUACCUCGCUUCCUGUUUGUCAUUAUGGUGCUUCUCUUUUUUUCUCACCCAGAAUACACAGUGCACAUACAUUUGACUGCAUUUACUUUUUCUGGGUUAGUUUGCUUUUGAAGAAAACUGGAUGAAUCACACUAUAAAUCAGUAUACAGUUAUCUUCAUGCUUAAUUUACUGAUAAAACAAGAAAUACCUCAUAUUUACUCAAAUUCCAUCAAUCGUCUUGAGACCAGCUGUAGGGCCUUAACCUGCAGGUUUACAGCCCUCAGCACAGUGAGGUAUAACAAGGAGUUGCGUCAGUAAUUUGAUAAGUUCAAGGUCAGGUGAUCAGUCAAGCGGUGUGUCAGGCUGUCAGUGUGUUGAUGCAUGUUCCAGUGUAUCACUGUCUUGUGUCUGAGCAACAGAGUGGACAUCCAUGUCAGACUUCAGGGAUCGUUGUCGAAGACUAGGGCUGCGAUUUGAUUAGAACCCAUCAAAUUACGUAGCGUAUCAGCCUUCAUGGCAGCUUGUAUUAGACCUUAACAAGACUGAGUCAGGAAGUUACACAUCAGUUCCUU